GUGCAAAGGAAUAUGUGUUUCCCAGGAGUGAGAAGUACCCAGUCUUCUAUCAUAAAGAAAACACCUCGGCCAUCUACAUCGGGGGAGAGGGAAAGCUUUACUACUACGACUUUGCAACCUCUGAGAACUACAUGGAAGAUUUCCCAGUGAAAAAUGAAGGACAGUGCGUGACACCCGGGAGCUCGGAGGACAAUAAGAAUUACCUCACAUUAGUGGAGAAGUAUGGAGAUGGGAUGUUAGUGUGUGGCACUGGUGCCUGCUCUCCCACCUGCUGGAACUUGACGCAGAGGAAGGAGAGCACUCCAUGGGAUGGGAGAGGUAUUGCUCCCUUCACCCCCGACUCGAAUACCCUCGUCGUUGUUGAUGGUCACGACAUCUACUCCACCAUCAAGAAGAGCCAGCAGAACGGCAAGAUACCCAGGUUCCGUCGAGUGAGAGGGGGAGGAGAGCUCUACACGAGCGACACGGUGAUGCAGAACCCUCAGUUUGUCAAAGCCACCACAUUAAGGCACGAAGAGCCUCACCAGGGCAAGAUUUACUACUUCUUCCGUGAAGACAACCCAGAUAAGAGUCCUGAGGCCCCUAGAAACAUCUCUCGAGUGGCCCAGCUGUGUAAGGAAGAUAAAGGGGGAACCAGUUCGCUCUCUGCUUCCAAGUGGACCACCUUCCUGAAGGCCAGCUUGAUCUGUGUCGACCCAGUCACCAAGGGCAACUUCAACUGGUUGCAGGAUGUCUUCUUUGUCCCUGCGAGUGACUGGAGGCACUCCAAGGUCUAUGGGCUCUUCACAAACACGUGGGGAAGCUCUGCUGUUUGUGUCUAUUCCUUUGGGGACAUUGACAACGUGUUUCGGACCUCCAAACUCAAAGGCUAUAAUGGUCCCAACCCAGAGAUCAAGCCUGGGCAGUGUGUUUCCUCUGGCCAGCACACCCCGAGUGAGACCUUCAAGAUAGCUGACAGCCACCCGGAGGUGCAGGACCGCGUGGAGCCCCUCUCCCCCACCAAGAGCCCCCUGUUCCACAACAAGCACCGCUACCAGAAGAUCGGGGUGCACGAGGUCUCUGCGGGCGACGGGCGCCACUACAACGUGCUUUAUCUGGCAACAGACAAAGGAUCCAUCCACAAGAUCGUGGAGCUGCCAGAUGGGGUGCAGAACAUCAUGGAGCUCCAGGUCUUCCCAAAGAAGGACCCAAUCCAGUCCAUGAUCCUGGACCACAAGAGGGCGAUGCUGUACGUGGGCUCGACAGACAGAGUCCUGGAGGUGCCCAUGGACAUGUGCAGGGUGUAUCGCAACAACUGUGACAGCUGCCUGCUGGCCAGGGACCCGUACUGCGGGUGGCUCAACGGCUCCUGCCAGUCGGGGGAUCUGAACCGGGCCGUGAGGGCGAACCUGAACCUGGACCCAUGGCAAGGGAAGUGCCAGAAGGGGGAUAUUAAGGAAGCAGGUGACUAUCAGAACAUCACAGUCGUCCCUUUCUCCCGCUACUACCUCAACUGUCCCAUCGAGUCCCACUAUGCCACCUACAACUGGUACCACAACAACAGCCUCAUCAAGACCUGCAACACCACCCACCCCCAGCAGGACUGCUUCCACUUCAUCCAGAACGUGAGCCACGUCCACUACGGCCACUACGUCUGCAUCUCGGAGGAGGACGGCUUCAAGCAGGCUCUGGUGAAGGAGCGCCUGGUCAACCAGCUCAGGUUCAUGUCCCAGAAGGGCCAGGCCACCAUGACCUUCGCCUCCUGGCUGCAGCUGUUCCUGAUGGUGGUGUUGGUGGAGCUCUUCCACUGA